AUGUUGGGUCUCCGAGCAACAUUCACUGUAGGGUUAGCGGCACUAGCAUGUCUUUUAACCCCUGCCAGUGCAGAGUUCAGCGCUAAAGCUACUGAGCUCGAGGCACUCAGAAACCAAGCGACGGGUAACAUCAUUCCAAUCGAUAAUAAGCAAUUCGGCAAAUACGUAUCCCCUAAGAAGAGAGACUACGAUGUCUUCCUAUACUUGACAGCUACAGCACCGACAUACCA